AUGUCCAAGUUCACGAGCAACACCACGGUCGUUUCAGCCCCUGGUAAGGUGCUGCUCGCUGGGGGAUACUUAGUUCUCGACCGACUUUACUCCGGCCUGGUCAUCGCAACAUCUUCUCGAUUCUAUUCUUCUGUCUUCCCAAAAGUCACGACAGGCGACCAAAGCCAAUAUGCAGUGGCGUCAAGAAUUACCGUUAGAGCUGGUCAAUUCCCUCCAGAAGCUUCAGCAUGGUCGUACGAUAUCAUCCUCACCCCCUCGGGAGUCAAGGUGAAGCCUGUCAUGGGAGAAGCUGGACGGAACAAGUUUGUCGAGGUCGCAGUGACUAAGACGCUGGAGUAUUCUAUCCAAUGGCUGUCACGGGGUACCGAGGACGGAGGGAAGAGCGUGUUAAAUAAGAUCGGGAAAGGGUUAGAAGUAGUCGUUUUAGCGGAUAAUGAUUUCUAUUCCCAGCGAGAACAGCUCACAUCCGCGUCCCUCCCACCCCGUCUCUCCUCCCUUGACUCUCUUCCACCUUUCUCUCCUCUCCCACGCCCUAUUGGUCAGACGAAUAAGACCGGCCUCGGUUCCUCAGCUGCUCUCGUCACAUCCCUCAUAGGUGCCCUUCUCCUGCACCUCGACAUCAAGAUUGGAAAUCUACAAGGUACACCAGCCCUUGACACAAUCCAUUCCCUCGCUCAAUUCUGUCACUGUCUCGCUCAAGGGAAGGUUGGGAGCGGGUUUGACGUCUCUUCCGCAAUCUACGGAUCUCACAUCUACACUCGAUUCUCGCCUUCUCUUCUCAAGCCUCUCAUGUCCGACCUUCCACCUCCCGGACCGGAUCUGAUGGCGCAUCUUGACCCCAAAAAUUGGGAUCAGAAGGUUCAAGCGGCUCGCUUACCGAAAGGAAUCAGGAUGUUGCUCGCAGAUGUGGACGCGGGAACGGACACGCCUAGUUUUGUGGGCAAGGUAUUACAAUGGAGGACGGAUAAGGCUGAAGAAGCCAAAGAGCUUUGGACCAGGCUGAGUGAUACAAACACACGACUAGAGGGGAUGCUGGCGCGGCUGAUCGGGAUGGAGGAUGAGGAAGUGUACAAGGAGGUCUUACUGGCCAUGAAAGAUCUGAUCCAAGAUCUUCUCUUUGAAACUGCUAGUACACUUUCUGUAAGUCCUUUCCAUUUCGUUACAGCCCUUCGAGCUGACAAAAAGGAAAUCAGAUCGCUCAUGCGGGAAAUGUCACAAAAGAGCGGAGUACCCAUCGAACCUCCUGAACAAACAAGACUCUUAGAUAUGUGUUCAGCUUCUCCAGGUGUACUAGGGGGUGGAGUGCCGGGUGCUGGAGGGUACGACGCUAUCGUGUUACUGGUUCUUGAUCAUCCUGAAGUGAUCGGACGGGUGGAAGAUAUUUGGGAGGGAUGGACGGAAAUGAGUGUUUGUCCCCUUUCCGCCAGACAGAGUGAUGGGGGUUUGAGGGUUGAGGAUGCUGAUCAGGUGCCAGGACUCAAGCAGGCUUUAGCAGAAUGACCAACCCGGGUAGGUUCACACAGUGCAAAUGAAGUAGACUAUAUCUUCCCCUUG